ACAGCGCAGUCGGCCGGUAAUGAGCAUCGAGGACGUAUCCUCCGGGGUCCUUUGCUCGGGAGCAUAUAGACGACAUUUAGACACAACUAUAACCAGUUGGUGAAGUUCCCAGGACACUACAAGCCCAGCCUCAGUGACCACUGGAAUGACCUCUGCAUAGAUCAGGUGAAGGUAUCAAUCUACAAUGGUGGCCAAGAAAAGGCCUACAUCACGUUCAAUGCGGUUGGUGCCGAUAAGAACAGCUGUUUCACUGCUGAUAGGAUAAUUGACUCCUCUUACACGGACAUUAGAAAUGCUCCUAAAGAACUCUUCAGUCUUAUGGGAGAUGUGACAAGUGGACGUGAAUUCAGAAUGAACAGUCAUUCCACCGGCAAUUGUGACACGUACGGUUGGAUGAUGGUUGCAACCCAGAGUGGCUGCUCCUUUGAAGCAAGUGCUGGUAACAAGCCUGCUUUCCUGUACUCCCCAGGACAGACUGCCUUACACUGGGGACAAGCUACUUCCUCUGGAGACGCCUUUGCUUUCACCGCCCACGGUAACUGUGGUGCAUCUCUGCAGUCAACACAGCACACUGGCUUCACUCAGAUGAGCAGGGCCUGUAUCUACAAAGGGAAAAUCUACAGUCAAGGAGAUCACUGGACGGAUGGAUGUGAAUACAACUGUACUUGCGUCGACGAGACUACUGGACGAUACAACUGUGUCAAUUUGUGUGCAACUUUCACUAACUUACCACAAGGCUGUACUUUGGUGAAGAAGCCAGGAUAAUGUUGUGCCCUACCCGACUAUGGUAACUACACUCUUCCAGGCUCUGGUCAGGGUUCAGGUUUCUGUUACUACAAGGGACAGAUGCACGGACAGGGUGAACAAUGGAAUGACGGCUGUGACUACAAGUGUACCUGUCAAGAUGCUACAACAGGAACAUACAGGUGUACAGACAGGUGAGAGGAUAUCUUUGGACCAAUUAUUAUAUACAUGAGCAAGUCAUAGUACAUGUGAGAAUUUUGAAGAUAUGUAUGUAUAUACCUAGCAUAUCCAGAAAUCAAGUUGAGAAUAGUUGCUACUUUUAAAGUUGCUACAUCCCCAACAACUGCUCAUAAAAAUGGAUUAAUUGACACCCAUGGUAUAGAAAUGUAUCCAACACCAAGCACUCUCGAUUACUUAUAAUCAUGUUAUCUUUCAUUCUUGGUAAUAGAAUUUACGUUUGAAGCCCAUGUGAGACAAAACAUAGAGAAUGAGUAGCUAAAAUAUAAGAUUUCUUAAAGCUAUAUAUCUUUCACUUUAAAUUUCAAAUUAAAUUGGAAGCUCAAAUAUUUGGGAGGCGGUUAAGGCGGAAUGUAACAUUUGGUAUUGAAAUAUAUACAUUUAACAGUCUAUUCUUGUUUCUAAUUGAUCAUAAUCACUCGUCGGAAAUCUAGCAAAUUUGUUUGAUGAAUUAAACAAGAAACACCAUAUGUACUUUUGUCAUAUCAGUUUAUUUUUACAAAAUAUUUCUUACUCUGUCCUUUAUUACAUGCUAUAAAUGGAACCUGCCUGCCGGACUUUGUACCCUGGAUCCUGCUCCAGCUGGAAAGUGUUGUCCUGUCCCCAAUUGUAGCUCACAGGUGGUCUUAUAAUACCCUCCAGGUUACGUACAGGAAUGAGAUUCAGAACACACAUAGACGUUUUGUAAAUAGUGUGUAAUUUAAUUUUUAUGUGAAAGAACCUGUACACCAUGAUUUAUAAAUAAAUUAUGAACAAAACUAA